ACUGUCCCGGCCGGCGCUGAUAUCAGGCGCCGAUUGGCCGCUGUCUCCGCUGACGUCACGAUCAUGAUGAGAAUUAAUGAUCGGAGGCGCUGAUUUCAUUGUGUGACGCCGGGACCGACCCAGCCGAAACCGGCUGAAUUUGGCGCCCUGGGCCCUCCCGGACCAGCCUCGCCCGCCCCGAAGAGCACGAUGAAUCUGCGUUCUGUAUUUACUGCAGAACAACAAAGGAUAUUGCAGCGUUAUUAUGAAAAUGGAAUGACAAAUCAGAGUAAAAAUUGCUUUCAGCUCAUAUUACAGUGUGCACAAGAAACUAAGCUGGACUUCAGUGUAGUCAGGACUUGGGUUGGCAACAAAAGAAGGAAGAUGAGCAGCAAGAAUGUUGUGGAUUCUGGAGGAACUCAGACGGGGACUGUCGCCAGCUCGUUGACGGUGCCUUCAGAAGUGGCGGUCCGAAAUGUGGUCAGCAUUGCUCGCUCCCAAAGCCAGCAGUCGUCCUGGACAUCCUCCAACAACGACGUCAUCGUCACUGGUAUAUACAAUCCAGCUGGUUCCUCCGGCAGACUGGUGUCCGCUAAGCAGUCUAAUGCGCUGAUGAGCGAUAUGCAUAAAAACUCUCUUCCAAGGCCGCCUGUGAAAAGCGACCCUGAGUUCCAGCGGCAGCACAUUGCAGUGGCACGUCAAGCACCCCACUGUAAAAACGCUUCCCUGUUCCUGGGGGAAAAAACUAUUAUCUUGUCAAGGCAAACAAGUGUGUUGAAUUCGGCAAACUCGAUUUAUAAUCACACUAAGAAAAGCUAUGGCGGAUCUUCCGUUCAGACUGCAGAAUUGGUUUUACCUCAGAAACCCGUGUUGUGCCACCGGCCGUGCAAAGUGGAGCAAAUGGGGUGCCAGAGGCUACAGAAACCAGAGCAUGCGAUGCUCGCCUCGCACUUGCCGUCAGGACAAAGGGCUAACAUUAGAGAUCCGUCCUGCAGCACUCACAACUUGGAGAUCCGAGAGGUGUUUUCCCUGGCUGUUACGGAUCAGCCUCAGAGGAUCCUGGGGAAUGCGCAGAAGUCGUCAUCAUCGUCUUCAGGAGAAGGCAGCUGUUUGUCGAUUGCCAUGGAAACUGGGGAUGUGGAUGAUGAGUAUGCUAGAGAAGAAGAGUUGGCAUCAAUGGGUGCCCAGAUACAGAAUUACUCCAGGCUCAGAGUUGAGAAUCCAGGCACUGGUCUGUCCGGAUCAAGCAGAAGCAUCAGUUGCAGUUCACACGUCGGGAGCAGUAGGGACUUGCAUGACAACAUCCUGUAUCAUAACCGAGACUAUCGCUUGCCGCCACGGACCUCUUUGCAUACCACAUCCAGUACUUUGUAUAGCAGUUCUUACCCAUCAAGAAGUAAUCUUUCUUCUCAUUUUGCAGCAUCCAAUCAACUAAGACUGUCUCAAAACCAAAAUAAUUACCAGAUUUCAGGAAACCUUACUGUGCCUUGGAUUACGGGUUGUUCCCGAAAAAGAGCACUACAGGAUCGUACACAAUUCAGUGACCGGGAUUUAGCUACCCUGAAGAAAUACUGGGACAAGGGCAUGACUAGCCUUGGGUCAGUUUGCAGAGAGAAAAUUGAAGCCGUUGCUGCAGAGUUAAAUGUUGACUGUGAAAUAGUCCGGACUUGGAUUGGGAAUCGGAGACGAAAAUAUCGUUUAAUGGGAAUUGAAGUCCCUCCUCCUCGAGGUGGCCCUGCUGAUUUUUCUAGUCAAUCUGAUUCCAGUGGUAAAUCAAUACCCAUUCCAGGAGAUGAUGCUUCGACUGAUGUGGGAGAUGAUAAUGACAGGAAUGAUGAAGUAUCAAUUUGCCUAUCAGAAGGAAGCUCACAAGAAGAACACAGUGAAGUGCUUCAGAACGAAGACAUUGGCCACAAAGAGGGGGACCCGACUACUGUAUCCACUGAUAAUGUGAAAAUAGAAAUUAUAGAUGAUGAAGAAAGUGAUAUGAUAAGUAAUUCUGAAGUGGAUCAAAUGAGUUCUCUUCUGGAUUAUAAGAAUGAGGAAGUAAGGUUAAUUGAAAAUGAACUGGAGCAUCAGAAACAGAAAUAUUUCGAACUGCAGGCUUUCACUCGGAGUUUGAUCCUUGCCAUCAAAACGGAUGAUAAAGAACAGCAGCAGGCCCUCCUAGCAGAUUUGCCUCCAGAGUUGGAAGAGAUGGAUUUCAAUCAUGUGUCCCCAGAACCUGAUGAUACCUCAUUCAGCUUGUCAUCUUCAUCAGAGAAAAAUGCCUUGGACAGCUUGUGAUCUUCUGUCAAAAGAAACGCAACACAACAUAGUUUGGCAAAUAUGUAUGUGUCAAACUAAUUACAUUUUGUUAGCCAGUACCCUUAACUAUGAAGGGGAGACAUUGGGGUGGAAAGGCAGGUUGGCAACCUUCUGUAAUGGGUGUGGUUGAUGUAGUUGCAAAUUCCAAAUUUUGUUUUUAACAAAUGUGAAAGCUACUUGAGAAAAAAAGACUUUUAUUCUUUUAGCAGGUAUGCCUUGAUAAUGGUACCUUUAUACUAACCUGUGUUUAAUAACAAAACCCUGAUCUCAGUGGGGCACCAAGAAGGGAAGAACAGUAGCCAGUUAUGUUAAUAAUUUAACAAUAUAUUCCUCAUUUAGCCCACUAGUCCUGUUCAUUCUGAUGUUUUGCUUUCUCUUGUUCUUGCCCCCUUUUCAGGUAGGUGGACUCAUCACUGGAAAUUAUGAGUUUCAGUAUAUCAAUAGGUAAAAGUUGGGCCUUCGCUAAAAAUGAUGGUAAUUUUUAUCUGUACAUAACAACAAAUCUUUGUGACUUCUCUUGUUUUCAUCCUUACCCAAUGCCUGGAAAAUUAUCGGAAAAAUAAACCUAUUUAACGUAAUUAGCUCCAAUAAAUUAUAUUUUCUAUUGCAGCAGAUGGAAAUUCUGAAUGAAAAUAGUAGGCUCUUAUUAAAAAUUACCAUUUGUUCAUAAAAGUGACAAUUUCCAACAGUGCAGGGACUUAAUGUAGUGUCUCCCAUUAAAGUAUCCUGGGGAUACAUGGCAAUAGCUAAAAGAAAGCCACAAAGAUGCAUUGCAUACACAGAUCCAAAGGCUGUAUGGAGUCUUACCGCUUAUUUAUGAGCUGUUUGUCCUUAAGUAAGCCUUGCCUGAAUGCUGCUUUGAACUAUAGCUUUGUAAUCGCCACUUUAAAACAGGGCUUUUGAUAGAAAGAACAGAGCUAGGGAAACUGAUGUGCAAGACCUGGCUGCAAGAAGCCUUAAUGAAAGAUGUUCCCCAAAUAAUUGCAGAAUUUUAAUUUGCAAAACUCUUUGACAUGAUUAGGAUAGAUUAAAUAAAUGAAUUGGCUCUGGCUGGCAGUCCCAACUCAAGUCACUUUAUUCAGCUUGCUAGGCAAUUUGAAGCCCAUGCAGAACUGAGUUCAGUGACAAUUAGAGGUACAUCAGAGGAAUGAGUCUUGAGAGCUCCACUGCAUAGAUGGCCCAUUUUCCUCCCUUUCAACCAUUGUGGAGGACUGACUUUGAUUUGAUCUUAAUCAUUUUCAGAAUUUUGAUCAACAGUUACAUAUGCUGUAUCUUUUAUCAGAUAUUGGAACAGAUUAAUUUGGCUUGGAAUUUAAUUUCUCCUAUGAAAAUAUAAGGGAAAAAAGAGUUGUUGCCAAAUACAACAACAAGGCCGAACUUUUUCUCCUCUGGAAAUGGAGCUGUUAGUAACCAAAACUUUUGUGGAAAGAAUACUGUCAUCCUACCCUUAAAGCAACCUUGCACGGUGCACAUCAGAUUAACUUUUGUAUCUUCCUUACUCUGUUCAUUGCCAUACAUCUGUUAUUUCCUCACUUUUUUACCUUAUCUGUCUGCUUUCUUUCUAACUGCCCAUCCUAGAUUGAAAGGUUCAGGGGAGGCAGCUCUGGUAGAAAUAAAACCUAAGAUAAAUGUAGCAGGCAAGAUGGAAGAGGUGUUGCAACGUGAUUAUUUUGAAUUCUCAUCCAAGGGCAAUAAUUGCUAACUGUACCUCUGUAUGGAAGUUUUGAUCUACUUAACUACACACACAGAUAUGAUACUUAGCACUAAAAGGGGUUUUAAAAAGGAUUCCUCCUUUUGAGCGAUCAAAAUUCUGUGCCAAGGAAGGCUAUAUUUUGACCAUUGUGAGAACAUCAGAGGAGAAAUAAUGACUGUCAUUUUUUCCAUUUUCUAGUUUGCCUCAUUCUGUGGAGGGACAAGAAAUUAUAUAGGAUAAUGAUCCCCCCUUUCCCCCCCCACCCUAGAAAAUCCACCUAGCCCUCUUAUCUCUGAAAUUUCAGCAGCCACUGCCCAUAAACCUUUUAUAGCAUACCUUUCCAGCAGUGAGGGGCUAGAUACCUACUAAAAUAAUAAUAAACAUGAAGAUUCUCAGGAUGUUGAAUUCUAUGCCCAUUUACCAUGUUUUGGAGGUUUUCUGCACUCCCAUGGAAUUACGGCAUGUGAGGUAUAAAAGCAGACCUUGAAAAUGGUGUGUUCGGGAAGAGCUUGAGGCGGAUGAGUUUUUAUCUGGAGUGACAAGGGCAGGAAAGGCUAAGGCAGUGGGCGGAACUGGUGGAGGAGAGGGUCAUUUGGGCUACAGUUGGAGAUAAUUGGGCAGCAGGAGAUAAUUGGAGUGUGCAGGGAGCUGGAGAGGAAAGAUUUCCAGGCCUUCAGAGCUUCUUCCUCUUUCUGGCCCUUGUUCUCUGCAACUGCUGUACUCCAUCUGUAGCACACCUUGUAAGCAUCAUAUGAUGCUUCAGUCCUUACAACUAGCGUAGAAUUGGGUCAUUUGGAUUGUCUGGCAUGUCAUAGCGCUGGCGGUGAGAGGGGCGACAGGGCAGAACAUAGAUCUGAAUCUCCCGGUAGGGCUUUGGAUGAUGCCCAGUAGAUGGGCAAGAAUUUCUGACUCCCACCUUACCUGCCUGCUUUCCUUCUAACUGCUUUCUUUUUAACUAUAGCAACAAUAAAGUGACCAUUUUAACCCAAAGUAGGUGGAUGAAAUGAAGAAAGCUUGGAGAAUUCCCAUAAUGGACAUGUUCUAGAACUGAAAACAUGUUUCUAGUCUCAGAAUGUGCUUAGAAGUAACCUGUUCUUUAAUUCUUUUGCCCUUGGAUUCAGUUGAUGGAGUUUAUGGUUCUAGGAAAUAAUCUGACUUGCUCUGUUUCUAUGUUUCUAAAAUAGUUCUGAAGUCUGCCCAGAGUAAAAAGAUACAAAUUGAAACAGCUUGAAAUGUAUCUUGAUGCUGAAAACAUUUUAUUGCAGCUACUGUUUCAGUUUGACUGUCUGCUUAAGCAAAUAGAUGACUUAGUAUGGCCACUUGUGUGGCAAAGCAGGUGUGUCUGUGAAAAACAAGACAUUGCUAACAAUGAAACCAGAAGUUUAACUGUCGCUCAUGCAAGUGCCCAGAUUUCCAAGCUGACUUCUUACUUCUCUACUGACUUUCAAACUGAAGCCACUUAGAAGUAAAUUGAAUUAUUUUCCUCAUUUAUUUAUAUAAUACUUCUGUUGUGCCAUAGAACCGUAUUCAUUCUCUUGGCAACUUUGCCAAUAAGUCAUUUAUUCUGAUUUUACAGGUAUGGCUUAGCCAAUGAGCCAGUGGGCUCAGGUGGGCAUUUCAUAUAGCUCUGCGAAGCACAGAUCUAACGUUCUGCUGAGGACGUGGCUGGCUGUGAGUUGUAAAGGGGCAUCAACACAGAGCAUUACUUGACGUGAACCCUAGCGUUUAUUUAUUUAUUAAAUAUAUUUAAAUAUUUUCUAUACUGCCCGUCUAUACUCCAGGCAGUCUACAGUAAAAUAACAGAACAUAGUGUGUGCUUGGAAUGGCUAACUGUUGCUCACUAGAGUGCCCAUUUCGCCAUUUAGCCAGAACUUGCAAUACUGACCCACAUCUCCUGUGUGAGUAUUCUCUUUCCCUUGUCUAGCUUUUCUCUCUCAGGUGACUAGACUUAAGGGGUGGUCAGAGCUCUUGUGUCUAUUACAGUGGCAUCAAACAGGGAAUGUUGUUGGAAUCAACUUGUUGUGGUUCAGAAUUUUUUUUGCUGCUGAGUUUCCCUUUUCUAUGCAGUUACUAUCAGUUUAGGAGUCCUCUGCUUUUUACCUCUGUUAACCCCCCCCCCCCCGCCUUCUCUAUUCUGCUUUUUAAAAACAAAAAUACAAUUAUGGCAGUGUUACUGUUGCAACACACUCCGGGAUCCUGAUUUGCCAGUUGGUUUUACAGUAAGACGUGCAAUUGAGUCAAAGACCUUUCCAGAUUCAUAAUGUCUGCCCUCUACAUGGUAUUAAUGACUUUGCAACACUGACCAAAAUAUGUAACCGAGGGAGGUGGAGGCAAAACUAUCAGAAUCUUUGUAUUCUUCUGCAGGAUAGUCUCCAGAGUUCCGUUCACUGGAGAACCUUCUUCCCCCAUGAAUUCAUGUCAACCUCAGAUGGGAUAUCAAAUUAAAUACUGCUUUGUUUGAAAGAUAGUGUGAACAAAACAACAAAUCUUGUUCAUUUGUUUAAUGCUUCCUGGUUCUAUCUAGAAUACGAUUCUUUUGCUGGAUUGCUUAAUUUACCCAACACUACAAAAAAGCCACAACGUUUUUACAUGCUACCUCUAAAAGAUGACAUCACCUUAGAUGCCACACCAGACUAUAAUGUGACUUUCACACCUGUAGGCAAUAAAUAGUUUCCAACAAAUGGAUGCAUUUUCAUUCAGGGUUUUUGCCAUUGCCUAGUGAAAAAUAGUGUUAGUGCAUAUUGGUGGGUGGGAUUGCAUUUAUUUUUGUUAUUCUAAUAUUAACACAUUGGACAGAUGACUUAUAGAAUAGGCAGGCCUCUGUGUGUGUGUGCGUGUGCGUGUGUGUGAGAGAGCACUUUUAUGACAUUAACAUAUUCCUAUAUUUGUUUAAAAAAAAGAGGCACAACUUCCUGGGAACGUUUCCUCCAAGUUUAUCUUUAAAUGGAUGAGAAAUGUAGAAGUUCCUUAGAGGAUUCUACCUUAAAUCUAAAAUGGAUGUGAUUGUAGCUGUAGGUCCUCACUCCUCAUUUCCUACCCCACAGAGUUUUUCUCAUGGAGUAGCUGUUGCAAUACAUACUGCAAUACAUUAAUUUCAUGCUAGAAGAUGCUAAACACUGGCCCUGUUCCAGAGUUGCUUUCGUCCAUGGACCAAACUUGGGUCCACUAUUGGUGGGGUCCAGCUGUUCUGCUUGCAUUUCCAACUUGUGGCUCCCAGCUAGACAGGCGAGUUAGUUAGGAAAUAAAAAAUAACAUAUUCUCCUUUAGUCACCUCUUGCUGUUUUGAAGGGCACAAAGGAAUGUUUUAAGAUGAAGAGUCUUUCCCGAAUGUUAACCCUCUCUUUUCUGGCCCUCACAAUAGACUCUACCUACCUCUUUGGACCAACCUGGCCAUGCCUAAUCAACAUUCCUGUGAAUCAUUGUUAAAAAAGAAGAGCAUCACUAUUUAAAAAUCCAAGAUAGUUCUUCAGAAAUUAACUGAGAUUACAUGUACAUGCAACCUUUUUUCCCUGCUACUUCAGUGGAUGAUUUGGAACUUCAUUUGCUGUCAGAGAUAGCAUGCAUGAUAUCAAAAUAACAGGUUUGAAAACUCAAACUGAACAUGUAAUUUGGUAUACAGGAAAAGGUAUUAGCAUUUUAAAAGGUUCUUUUAGUUCCUAGGCAAUUUUCCCCAGGAUAAAAUUCACUGACAUGGAAUAGUUGUCAGCGGUAGUGAAUUAGUUUUCUUUCCCUAGAACAUUUGGGUACAGGAAUUAGAUCAGAUGUUUAAAAAGAGGACACAUGUGUUGAACAAAGCGGUGUUAGUUUCUGAGUAAGAAAGGGAAUAAGACUUUCUCUCCAACUGAAGUGGCAUGCAGUGGCUUAAUCUGGAAUAUUAGGUGGCUGGAGUCAGGCGUGCAAACUGUGACCCCAUAUCUUUGAAAUGCCAGGUACAAUUCAGAGAAAGUUAGGUAUGCAUCAGUCCUGUUGAUAUUGGGGGAGUUAUCAAGAUGCCCAUUUUUAAGACCUGUUGAUUUCAGUGGGCAUCAGACAAUGCAAAGGUAGUUCAGGUUGUACCAGGAAAAGUACUGGUGAUUUGGAUUGGUUUUAGAAGAAAACAGUUCAGUCACUCUUGCAUCCAACACCUAUUCAACUAUUACGUUAAGACAGUAACAUGGUAUUUCAAGCAUUUGUAUCUACUAAAGGUAUAGGAAAAUGUACAGUUGCAGAUAACCUUCCUGUAUCUCUGGCAUAGUGCUGGGAAUCUUGCUAGCUGGACAGAUGUUGAGUAAACAUCUGUGCAAGUAGAGAAGUUUGCUCCUUUCUCUCAUAUGCACAACACAGAGGACAAAUGUUUUUGAAAAACUGGAGGAGUACUAGUAAGAACUGCAGUGAACCUCCCAGCUGCUGAAAAUACUUUUGAUGGCAUAAGGAAAUGAGAAGGGAAUAGAAGGAGUUGCAACAGAGCUCUGUUGCAUUAGUUUGUCCUUUCAGUUUCUUACAUUACUGUCAUUCCCUUCUGCUCCCAAAAGAUGAACCAUCCACUGUUGUGCACAAGAAAAAAACCCAGGAGAAAACAACUAAAAUUUGUUUUAAUUCUUUUCGAGUCACUGAAUAUUCAAAUGCAAACGUUUUCAUAUUCUUCCUGCCCUUCCAGCUCCACAGUAUCCAUUAUUUUCUGAAUGAUUUCCCAGCAGUAAGCCCAGUUUAAAACACAAACCAGAAUAAAACAUGAACCACACCUUAUAACUGAUAAUCAUGGAUCAUCUUCCACUGUUCAGUGUUAAGCUGCUAGAUGUAUGUUGGCAACUUCAGAGAUGACCCUGACAUUUACGUGACCAGUGCAAUCUCAGCAAGCAAGCUACCUUUGCAUAGCACCCCAAUUCUUUUGCCAUAUUACACUUGACGACAAUUUUUAUGGAAAGCUUCUGAAAGUUUUAAGUAUUUUGUAGUUUUGUUUUUUAAUAUAUACUGGUAUUCUGUUAAAAUGUGCCAACAAAGUCAAGGUAAUUAAUGUCCAUUUGGCCAGUUUGGACAAGGUUUGUAAAUUUAGUGUGACUUUAAAACUGAUUUCCUCUGUGAAACUCAGUAUUUAUAUUGCAUUUUUAUGACAUGUAAAUGAUAUGUGUAGCAAGAAAACUAUGACUGAUAUUUAACUUGAGUACCUCCACUGUAACCCAGGAUAUAUGAUCUUGGUUUAUUGGAUAGAUGAAUUCCAUCCAUUUGUAUUGAUCUUGUUUCUGUGUAUAUAUAAGGAUAUUUAUAAUCUUGUAUUAACAAAAUCCAUCACACACAGAAAAGGUUGUUUCCUUCAUUAGAAGCCUGCUCAGCUAUUUUUAUAUAAAAUUGGUCUCUGCCUUAACUUUUUUUGUGAAAAUUUGUGCCAUAAAUUUUUUAAAAAUAUCAAGGAAUAGCUUACUAAGCUUGAUUGGGUUCACAUUUUAAAGUAAAAUAUGAAUACUGGAUUUGGGUUAUUGAAUAGUUUCAAAGUCACCUAUUUUAUUACACAGUGUUCUUCACAUGUAUCCAUCCUAUAUAGCUACUUCAUCUAUUUUCUUACUGUGUUCUCUCCUUUUUGUAGGCUUUAUUUUUUGCAUCCACACUAAAAUUCACAUGCUUAGUAAUUCCAAGAAUUAUUACUGCUUUGUUUGUUUGUUUGUUUGUUUGUUUGUUUCCUUAGUUUACCAGAUAUAGUUUAGCAAAACCUUAAUAAAUUGAGUUGUUUGUUACAAAGCUAUCUGUUAAGUCGAAUUGGUAAGAGUAAAGGGCUAACUACCUUUGCUAACUUUGUCUAUUACACUCAAGGAUAUUUUUCUACAUCUACUAGAUCUCUAAGACUGAAGAAAUUCAAUAAAGGCUAAGUGAUUUGUUUUCCUA